UUUCAAGAUAAUAUACGUGUCCGGAUAAGUGAUACAAAAAAUCAUUUAAAAAAAGUGAAAAAUUUACUAAAAUUGUGAAAGGUGUAAUAUCAUUUUUUGUGGUCAUAGCAUUUGGCCAUUAAAUUUGUAAAGCAUUUUUCAAAAAUUUUAGAUAAAAUUUUUAAUAAAUUUUUCCACUAUUGUUUUGUAAUUCUAUUGCACGACAACAGUUUUUUUGAAUUAAAAUAAAAUAAUCAAAAUUUUAAAUAAAUAAAGUAUAACAAAAUGUUCAGUAUAAAACAAGAUUUAGUGAAAAUUUCUUUAAUAGUUCUAAUAUUUGUAACAUUUAGUACUAGUUUACCAUUAGAUAAUGAUUUUUUAUUGGGUGAAACAAGUGAUCAAACUAUGGAAGAUAGUGAUGAUUUAGAAAAACCAAAUAAAACUCAACACUUGUACGUUGUUAAGGCUGUCGUUUAUGAAAUCGGAAUUUUAACUGAUGUCGGAGAAAAUGAUACAUCAAGUGAAGAAACACAUGAGCGUGUUGAUUUAACAUUUUUUGAUGCGCAUAGAAAUGAUAGUCAUAUUGAUUUUGGUAAUAUACCAUUACCAGUACAAACAAAUAUAUCUGGACAAGUUUUAACUGGUAUAGCACCAAUUAAUAUCGGAGCAAUAUCUAAUCCAUCGGAUCUUCUAAGUACAUUACCAUUAACUGGCACAAUUGUCAAUAUAACACAUAGUGAUACAGCAUUUUUCAAAUUAUCAACACAAAAUAUGACCUCAAAUCCAAAUGAUUUAGGUUCAUCCCUAACAGAUGGUUUAUUAAAAAUUACACAACCCAUAGAUAAAUUAAAUGAUGUUUAAAAUAAAAUAGAAAAUUUUUGUUUUAAAAAAGUAACCAUUUAGAAUUUAUAUAUAUACAAAAAAUAAUUUAGUCAUAUAAUUUUGUGUGCUGUGUAAUUAUUUUAACAUAAUUUUUAAGAUAAUUUUUACAUAAUUAUUGUAUAGUUAUGAAUUAAAUUAGCGACUGUUAGAAUGAAUUUUAAAUACAUAAAUGUACAAUUUAUUUGCAAAGACAAAUCAUUAAGAAAAAUGAUUGAAAAUUAAAAAAAAAAAACAAAAUAAAAAC